AUGGCUUUGGUAGCGUAUUCCGACUCAGAGGGCUCUGACGCUGAGCCAGACACCAACCCAGCUCCCGUGGUCGAAAAGCCCAAGAAGUCCGACACUGGCGCUGGCUUUCAGAUCGAUCGCAGCAACCCGCGCAAGAUCCGCGUCGCACUCCCGGAGCUCAAGCCCGAACACCCUACAGACCAGGAUGCCGAUGGCCCUGCGCGAAAAAAAGCUCGAUUAGGUGCAGGAUCAGGCGGGGCGUUUUCAGGAUUCAACUCCUUUUUGCCUGCUCCGAAACGUACUGCGGAGAAGAAGGGUCCUGUCGCCACAACACGCAAAAUAUUCAGCCUGAAGACUGGCGCCACCCCAGGUUUUGACCGGGAAGCCGAUGCCGAAUUUAAAUACGACCUUGCAUCAAAUACUACUGCUGAUGCGGAUGGCGCAGGUGAAGACAUUCCAACACCCGGCAGUCUGGGGCAAACCGCAACCGACACAGACUCGGGAGCGUUUCAAAAGACGGAGAUUGGAGAGGUUAAGCUGCAGGGUAAUCCCAUGAUGUUCAGACCAUUAUCUGUGGGACGGAACCAGAAGAAGAAGAAGACCACCAAGGCAGCAUCGUCUGCCCCAACACCGACACCAGCCAACCCACAACCUACAGAGAAGCCUGCCACGGCUGCCCCUCCGCCACCGAAACCCAAAGUCAGCCUUUUCUCCUUAUCAUCGGAAGAAUCCUCAUCUCGAGCAGAACUGCAGCCAGCCGCAGUGGGUACCUACGAGCCUUUGGUAUACACCACCGAAGCUGAGGCCGGGCCAGCCCCCGCCCCAGAAUCAGCACAGGACGUUCCAUAUUCCAAUCCUACCACAGCACCAUCGCACUCGCUAGACAACAUCGCCAAUGAUCUGAACUUAUCCAAAGGAGAACGACGCCAGCUCUUUGGCCGGAAUGCGCCGCCUAUGGACUCCCGUAUUCUCACAUUCAACACGGAUAAAGAGUAUGCCCAUAACCAGGCCCUGGCAGCCACGGAGUUGGCUGGUACACAGCACCAACCGGUUCGUACCAUCAACACAGCUGGAAAGCACAGUUUGCAGCAGUUGGUCAAUGCGGCAACUUCUCAGAAAGAGGCCUUGGAGGAGAACUUUGCUACUGGAAAGAGGAACAAGAAGGAGGCUGGGUCGAAGUACGGUUGGUAG